AUGUUAUUGUUUUUUCAUUAAAAACGAAACUUCGCGAAUUUCAAACAGUUUUUCCCACAUUUUAUAACAUUGUCUAUUGUGAAACAAGAGGAAAGAGAAAGGUUAAACAAAAUGUCACUUGCUGAAGAGCUGCGAAAAGAUUCCGAGGAAAUCUGCAAAUUGCUUGCAGAGGCAACCAGGAAGCGUGUCAAGGAUGCCUUGGUAAAAGCAAAAGCUGAAGUGGAUCGUGAGAUUGUUAAUCUGGAAAUGAAGGAAAAGCAGGCAGCAGAACGUAAGGAAGCAGGACCCAAAAGAUUCUACGUCGAGCUGAAAGAAUACGGUUGGGAUCAAAGUGACAAGUUCGUGAAAAUAUUUGUUACAUUGGCUGGUAUCCAAAAUAUCGAUGAAUCAUCGGUAGUUAUACAUUUCACCGAAAACUCUUUGAAUUUGAAUAUAAACAAUUUCAAUGGCAAAGACCAUGUCUUGGUGGUUAACAACUUGCUACAUCCCAUCGACGUUGCAAAGAGCUAUCGCAAAGUUAAAACAGACAUGGUGGCGAUUUACAUGAAGAAAACCCUUGAAGGCCAACACUGGCCAUGUCUGACUUCGAUCGAAAAGCGUCUCAAAGAUCAAGCUGAUCACGAAUUGAAGCAAAGUAGCGAAAACCCUUCCGAUGCUUUGGUUAAUAUCAUGAAGAAAAUGUACAAUCAAGGAGAUUCAACGACAAAACAAAUGAUUGCCAAAGCUUGGACGGAAAGUCAAGAAAAAAUUGCAAAAGGAGGAGAUCAUAAUCCUUUAGAGUCUUUAAGUUAAGAAAAAAUCAUUACGUCGCCAUGUUUACAACAUGUAUCAUAUGAAUCUUAGAGUUCUUUUUUUGAAUUGUUUUAUGUACAAUUCUUUCUAUUUUGCUCUUCGAAGAGCCAAUAUAAACGGGUAAUUGAAACGAAAACAUUGCUAUUGGUAGGGCAACAUCCCUUAUUAAACUUUAAACAACUGCAUUGUACAAAUAUUUAUUGAUUCCACAUUAUUACUUUCGUUUCAUAAAUACUUUAUUAGCCAUAGAUCAUAUUUUUAGUGUCAAUAAAAAUACAGAACAAA